GAUGCUGAGCGCGCGCGAGAACAAUAAUAAGAUCGUGUUUGCGGUCGCUGCCCGAGGAGGAAUUCGGAGGAGGCGCGAGGCCCGGCGCUCGCGCCGCGCCCGGGAGCCCGGGAGGGAGGCCGGCGGCGGCGGCAGCGGCGGCGGCGGCGGCGGCAUGAGGCAGGCGACGCGGCGCCUGUGAGCAGCGCGCGGCGGCGGCGGGGACCUCGGCGCGGGCGAGAGCCGAGCGGCCGGGGGCUCCCCUCCCCCGCUGCCGGGCCGUGAUUUGCCGGGCCUGCUGCGCCCCCCGCCCACCCCUCGCCUCAGCCGCCGCCUCGCCGCUUCCCCUCGUCGGAGCGGCCGCUCGCCCGCCCGCUCGAGGCCCGCGGGGAGCGCGGCGCAGUCCGUCGGCCCACGGGGGGGCGGCCUCCCGGCAUCUUCGCGGCGACCAAGGACGACCGGGGGAGGAAGCGGCCGGGAUGGCGCGUCCGCGGCCCCGCGAGUACAAGGCGGGCGACCUGGUCUUCGCCAAGAUGAAGGGCUACCCGCACUGGCCGGCCCGGAUUGAUGAACUCCCAGAGGGAGCUGUGAAGCCCCCAGCAAACAAGUAUCCUAUCUUCUUUUUUGGCACCCAUGAAACUGCAUUUUUAGGUCCGAAAGACCUUUUUCCAUAUAAGGAAUACAAAGACAAGUUUGGAAAGUCAAACAAGCGGAAAGGAUUUAAUGAAGGAUUGUGGGAAAUAGAGAAUAACCCAGGAGUGAAGUUUACUGGGUACCAGGCAAUUCAGCAGCAGAGCUCCUCAGAAACUGAGGGAGAAGGCGGGAACACUGCAGAUGCAAGCAGUGAGGAGGAAGGCGAUAGAGUAGAAGAAGAUGGAAAAGGCAAAAGAAAGAAUGAAAAAGCAGGCUCAAAACGGAAAAAGUCCUACACUUCAAAGAAAUCCUCUAAACAGUCCCGGAAAUCUCCAGGAGAUGAAGAUGACAAGGACUGCAAAGAAGAGGAAAACAAAAGCAGCUCUGAGGGCGGAGACGCCGGCAAUGACACAAGGAACACGACUUCAGACUUGCAGAAAACCAGUGAAGGGACCUAACUACCAUAAUGAAUGCUGCAUAUUAAGAAAAACCAUAAGAAGGUUAUACAUUUGGUUGUCUAAUAAUCUUGGAUUUGAUAUGAACCAACACAUACUCCUUGUUGUCAUUGACAGAACCCCAGUUUGUAUGUACAUUAUUCACAUUCCUCUCUGUUGUGUUUGGGGGAAAAAAGACAUUUUAGCCUUUUUUAAGGUUAUUGAUUUAAUUUCAUGUUAUUUGGUUGCA